AUGUGGAAUGAUUAUUUUAAAGCUUUAUUUUUCAUGGUUAUUCUUCUGAUGUUUCAAGUUGGAAUCUACUUUUUUGGUACUUUUUUCCACUUGGUUUUGAGUGCUCGUGCUGGUGCUGGUGCUGGUGCUGCGUGCUGCUGCAUCUUUCAUUCACUUGCUUAGUUGACUCUCUCUCUCUCUCUCUCUCUCUCUAGAUUAUUUAUACUUUUUGUGAUGGAAGAUGGGUUGAAUAUGCAUUUUGAUUUCUCAAGCUGCUUGGAUGGGUAGAUAGAUAGAUAGACAGACAGACUCUCCUCAAGAUUCUUGCAUUUCUGGGUUGCUUUAUGAUUGCACUCUGGAGGUGAUUAUUUCUCAGUUUUGGAUCUAAUUUCUUCAGAUUUAGGCUUCUGGGUUUUGUUCAAAUAAUUGUAAGUUGGCCCUGAGGAAUCAGCACGGUCCUCUUUCACUUCCAAGCUGACCAGAAGUUCCCGAUUCGUCCUCGCAAUGGUUUCAAGGUCCUAUUCUAGCUUACUUGACCUUACUUCUGGUGACUCCCCAACUUUUGGCCGCGAGAAGAAGAGGUUUCCCCGAGUGGCAACUGUCGCUGGAGUAUUGUCUGAGUUUGAUGAUGACAACAGUAAUAGUGUUGGCUCUGAUGCUCCGUCAUCCAUUGCUCAAGAACGGAUGAUCAUAGUGGGAAAUCAGCUUCCACUUCGGGCCCAUCGGAGAGACGAUGGCGAAUGGUACUUUAGCUGGGAUGAGGAUUCACUUCUUUUGCAACUCAAAGAUGGCCUGGGAGAAGAUGUAGAAGUAGUCUAUAUUGGUUGCCUUAAAGAAGAAAUUGACCCAAGUGAGCAAGAUGAUGUAGCCCAAACUUUGCUUGAUACUUUCAAAUGCGUCCCUGCAUUUAUCCCUCCUGAUCUUUUUAGUAAAUUUUAUCAUGGUUUUUGUAAACAACAUUUGUGGCCUUUAUUUCAUUACAUGCUUCCUCUCUCACCAGAUCUUGGUGGUAGGUUUGAUCGGUCUCUAUGGCAAGCUUAUGUUUCCGUGAACAAGAUAUUUGCAGAUAAAGUAAUGGAAGUGAUUAGCCCUGAUGAUGAUUUGGUGUGGGUUCAUGACUACCAUUUGAUGGUGUUGCCAACAUUUUUGAGGAAGAGGUUUAAUAGAUUGAGGCUUGGAUUCUUUCUCCACAGCCCGUUCCCUUCGUCUGAGAUAUACAGGACACUUCCUGUAAGAGAUGACCUUCUAAGAGCACUUCUGAAUUCUGACCUUAUUGGCUUCCAUACUUUUGAUUAUGCUAGGCACUUCCUCUCUUGUUGUAGUAGAAUGCUUGGCCUUUCAUAUCAAUCUAAGCGAGGAUACAUCGGGCUCGAGUAUUAUGGUCGCACUGUAAGCAUUAAGAUUCUUCCUGUUGGGAUACACAUACACCAGCUCCAAAAUGUGUUGAAUCUUCCAGAGACUGAAUCUAAAGUUGCCGAGUUGCAAGAUCAGUUUAGGGGGAAAACUGUUUUGCUUGGGGUUGAUGAUAUGGACAUAUUUAAAGGAAUCAGCUUGAAACUUUUGGCCAUGGAACAAUUGCUUAGUCAACAUCCUGAUAAGAGGGGUAAGGUUGUUUUGGUUCAAGUUGCUAACCCUGCCAGAGGCCGGGGAAAAGAUGUCCGGGAGGUCCAGGUAGAAACUGAUGCCACAGUGAAGAGGAUCAAUGAGACAUUUGGAAGGGAAGGAUACAAACCUGUGGUCUUGAUUGAUACCCCGCUUCAGUUUUAUGAGCGAAUUGCUUAUUAUGUAAUUGCGGAGUGUUGUCUUGUUACAGCGGUGAGGGAUGGAAUGAAUCUUAUACCCUAUGAGUAUAUUAUCUGCCGCCAAGGAAAUGAGAAGCUAGAUGAGACUUUAGGACUAAACCCAACAACCCCAAAGAAAAGCAUGCUAGUGGUAUCCGAGUUUAUAGGGUGCUCUCCAUCACUAAGUGGGGCAAUCCGAGUCAACCCGUGGAACAUUGAUGCUGUUGCCGAAGCUAUGGAUUCUGCUCUUAUGGUGCCAGAGGCAGAAAAACAGUUGCGACACGAGAAACAUUAUAGGUAUGUCAUUACACAUGAUGUUGCAUAUUGGGCGCGCAGCUUCUUGCAGGAUCUUGAAAGGGCAUGUAGGGAUCAUAUGAGGAGAAGGUGCUGGGGAAUUGGUUUUGGCUUAGGGUUCCGGGUGAUUGUUUUGGAUCCAAAUUUCAGAAAGCUUUCAGUUGAACUUAUUGUUUCAGCUUAUAAAAGGACCAAGAAUCGAGCGAUUCUUUUGGAUUAUGAUGGUGCUAUGAUGCUGCCGGGUUCAAUUAUUACCACUCCUAAUACAGAGGCUGUUGGAAUCUUGAACAAUUUAUGCAAUGAUCCCAAGAAUGUUGUCUUUCUUGUUAGUGGGAAAGACAGAAAGACUUUAACCAAGUGGUUUUCUUCUUGUGAAAAGCUUGGGAUUGCUGCAGAGCAUGGCUAUUAUGUGAGGUCAAAUCAUAAUGCCGACUGGGAAACUUGUAUCUCUAUUCCAGAUUUUGAUUGGAAACAGAUUGCUGAGCCAGUAAUGCAGUUAUAUACCGAAACAACCGAUGGUUCUACCAUAGAGACCAAAGAAAGUGCUCUUGUUUGGAAUUAUCAAUACGCAGAUCCAGAUUUUGGCUUUUGUCAGGCUAAGGAGCUUCUAGAUCACCUGGAAAGUGUUCUUGCCAAUGAGCCAGUGUCUGUCAAGAGUGGUCAGCACAUUGUAGAAGUUAAACCUCAGGGUGUCAACAAAGGCCUUGUAGCAGAACGUCUCCUCGUAGCAAUGAAACAGAAAGCAAUGCUUCCAGAUUUUGUUCUGUGUAUUGGGGAUGACAGGUCCGACGAAGACAUGUUUGAGGCGAUAAUGAGUUCAAGGGACUCUCUCUCUCCGGUGGCUGAAGUGUUUGCUUGCACUGUCGGUCAGAAGCCCAGCAAGGCCAAGUACUACCUGGAAGACACAACUGAGAUUUUGAGAAUGUUACAGGGGCUGGCCAAUGCUUCGGAGCAGUCGGCCAAAAGCGCUGCAGCGCAGCUUUCUCAGCGAGUACUUGCUUUAGAAAAGUAAAUAGAUUAUUCAUUGAAACCCCGUUCUGUUAUUAUGCAGUGACUAGUGUGUGAGUAGCGAAAUUGUAAAAUUUUCUUGUAUCUUAAUGUUGGCCUUCAUUACUUGUGUUUCUUUUCUGAAUCUUUCAACCCGCGGGGCGCAGAGCUUACAGAUUGUACUAGCUCGUUUCCGCAUACCAAACGCAGCCUCGGAUGUAUGAAUCCAAUAUUAUAAAUCGUGUAACGAUAUUAUCCAGUUUGCCAAGGCAUACCGAA